AUGGAUGAGAUCCAGAAAGUAGUACGAUCUAUGCAAUGUAAUAAAGCUCCUGGUCCGGAUGGUCUACCCAUUGAAUUCUAUAAGGCCUUUUUCGAAACGAACGUUGAUCCUACGACUGAUCCUACGACUGAUCCUACAGUUGAUCCUACGAUUGAUCCAGGUGAUCCAGGUAAUCCAGGUGAACCAGGUAAUCCAGAUAUAGAUCCAGGAUAUCCAGGUGAACCAGGUGAACCAGGUAAACCAGGAAUAGAUCCAGGAUCUAUUGAUGAUAGCAGCUAUUCAGAUUGUGCAAAGUGUUUAUUAAUACUGUUUAAUAAGAUCUGGAAUGGUGACUUCCCUAGUGACUGGAAUACUGCUUCGAUCAUAUCUAUACCUAAGAAAGGUGACUUAACGGAUUGUAGUAACUACCGUGGUAUCUCUCUCUAUAUUAGUAUACGUGAGAUAUGUCAAAGAAGAAGAAUGAAUGGUGAUCACACCUACCUGGCCUUUCUUGAUCUUAAGAAGGCUUACGACUCCGUUCCUAUCUAUAACAUCCUUACUAAGCUUUACAAUAUGGGUAUACGUGGUAAUACUUAUACAUUCCUUACAAACCUUUACCUUACUUCGAAAGCGCAUGCAACUCAUCAUGGUAACCAGUCCAAGGACUUUCCAGUACAUCGUGGUGUUCGUCAAGCUCCAUCCCAGAUGGCCAUGGAUCAUCUACUAGAAAGAGUACAGGCCUGGGCCCUAAAGAAUGAAAUGGCCUUUGGUAUUAAUAAGUGUGCAACGCUUGUGGUGAAACCCCUAAGUGUCGAUCCUACGCUUGAUCCUCAACCCCUAGGUGUUGAUCCAACGCUUGAUCCUAAACCCCUAGGGGUCGAUCCAACACUUGAUCCUAAACCCCUAGGGCUUAUGGCAAGAGUUCCGAAUGAAUUCACUCUCUGCGAUCUGUGCUCUUGCUCAACGUCACAGCUUUAA